AUGACGGCCGCGUCGCGGUCGAUACCGCAACACCUGUUGGUGCUCCGACGGCUUGAGAUCGGCUGCGACAACGGCGAAAAGUGCGCGUCGCCUCUCCCUCGACUGCUGCGAUUGCGAGGCAAGGGCUUCGUUGCCACCACCGGAACAUCUGCCGAGGAUGGGCAAGGAUCUCAUGACCCGCCACCGUCGAGCACUGCUUCGGCCAAUACGAAACGCGCCGCUUCGCACGCGAAAUCAACCUCCGCCCCGGACAACGCCCAUCGAAAGCCCGCAAUCCAACGGCAUGGCCGAAGCCUCUGUGCGCACCAUGAAGGAGACUACGUCCGCGUCGCCGAAAAGCCUGACGCCAGAGCCGUGAUCAACCAACUGCUGCGGGUCCCACCACUACAACACCGUCCACCCGCAUCGCGCCCUUGGCUACCCCGCCCGCGCGAAUACAUCACCCAGUCAACCAGCUCGGCUAUAUCAUGCCCGACCGCGGACCCUAUCAGCGGACGCGCCAGACGCAGGACGAUCAGCCUCAACUUCGGGCUCGCCUUCCGCGCCCGGCGGGGCCGGUGUCGGUCGCGUUCGGCGGUGAGUUCCACACGAAUUCUACCGCGCGUGCCGACCCCCUAUGGCGGGGCUUCGCCAACACCCCGCCAACGCGCCUAUCCGGCGGAUCCGGUGCUGGCGACGGCAAUAAACUGGUAUGCGGGCAAUUACAAGAAUGGCGGCGGCGCCUAUAGCGUCGGCGAAGCUUUAUCGAGGCCGAUCUGCCGAUCAUCAACUCCGAUGCCGGAGGGCGGGCCAAUAUCAACGGCGCGGUGCGCGUCACCGGAUUACAGCAGCACCGGGCACGCACCGCGUGGAAGAUCGGCGGACCGGAUCUGCCGGUCAGAUGGCCUGCGCAUUCGCAGGAUCAGCGCGACGUUCGCGCGCCUAACCUGUCCGAACUGUUCGCCGCGCCCGUCACGACGACACCGCCGGGCUUUUUUCGACCUGUUCCAACGUUACCGUGCUGGCGCUGCAGAACACCAUCGUAACGUCAACCUGACGCCUGAGAUCGCCCGUACACCACGCUGGGCAUCGCCUUCUCCAAUUCACAGGCGAUCCCCGGCCCAGCCUGUCGGUCGGUCGAUUACAAGCUGGAAGAUCACUGACGGAUUUCCAGCUCCCGCUGCGCAGGACAUUUGUAAACCUGUGCUUCCUCAUCGCGCCGGAGACCUGCGGCGUGUUCAACCUGAACAACCUGAACGGCCUACAAUUUCAUCAACGUACAGUCGUUCAACCCGCAUCGAUCUUCACCGAUGGGUUCGAUAUCGAGGCAAGCUUAUCGCUGGCGCAAUCCGUUCGGGCUUGUCGGGUAACCUGACGCUGCGGACGCUUGUCAAUAUCCGGCGUUUCAUCACCGAUACCGGCCUGCUGCACGAUCCCCAAUGA